AUGGAAAGGCUCAAGAUGGACAACCUCAACAUCAACAUCAACGACUGGUUCGAGAAAGACCUACCAGUGACUCCUGACUGGAAGCUCUUUGCUCUAGCCAGUGUUGCUUUUGUUGUUCUUCGAUUCGCUUGCAUUGUCAUCUAUCGUCUUUACUUCUCUCCUCUUUCCAAGUUCCCUGGCCCCAAGCUCGCUGCCGCGACACAUCUUUAUGAGUCUUACUAUGACUUUUGGAAGAAAGGACAGUACUACAAAGUGAUUCAGCGUAUGCAUGAGGUCUACGGACCUCUCGUUCGCGUUACGCCUGAUGAGCUCUCCAUCAACGACACUGAUUACUAUGACACUGUCUAUGUCAACGGUAACGUUCGACGCACUGAGUCUUUCGGCCACUCUUUCGGUGGUGGACUUGGUAUUGAAGACACCUUCUUUGCCUCUCAGGACCAUGACCUUCACCGUAAGAGAAGAAAGCCCAUUGAGCCUUACUUCUCCCGCAAUGGUGUCUUGAAGCUUGAGAAUCUCAUCGGUGAGCGUGUUGAGAAGUUGUUCCACAAGUUCCAUGAGCUCUCUGGUACUGGCGUGGUUGCUCGUCUUGACUAUGCCUUUGAGGCCUUCACUGGCGAUGUCAUGCAGCAUAUUUGCAUUGAGAAGCCUGAGUCCCUGCUCAACAGCGAUGACUUUUCGUCUGAGUGGUUUGAGAUGCUUCGCAAUGUUUCCUUGUCAGUACCCCUCAUGGGUAUGCUUCCAUGGCUUGUUCAUGUCCUGAAGUUCAUCCCUGAGAGCGUCAUCAUGUGGCUCGCUCCCUCGGCUGCCCACUUCCAGACCUUCCGAGUCCAAGCUGGUCGCCAAAUUGAGCAAGCCAAGCGCGAAAAGUCGGAGAACGAUCGCAAAGGUAUCGCUACUGUCGGUGGAAAGCCCACACUCUUCCGCUUCCUAGUUCACGAGAGUGGCCUUGCACCCGAGGACCUCAGUACUGAAAGACUUCAGAAGGAAGCAAUGGUGCUUCUUGGCGGUGGCACUACCACUACAGCGCGCACUGCUACCAUGACUUGUUUCUGGAUGCUCAGUAUGCCUGAGAAGGGCCAACGUCUUCGUGAUGAGCUCAAGGAUAUCAUGGCUGAGUACCCCAAGAAGAAGCCUUCUUUGACUGAGCUUGAGAAACUUCCUUAUCUGGGAGCUGUCAUCCAAGAGAGCUUGAGAAUGGCAUAUGGAUCCAUGCGUCGACUCCCUCGCACUUCUCCCGAUGCAGCUCUGCAGUUCAAAGACUGGGUGAUCCCUCCUGGGACUCCCGUUGGCAUGAACGCUUAUUAUCUGCACACUGAUCCCAAUGCGUUCCCUGAGCCAUUCGAAUACAAGCCUGAGAGAUGGCUUGAAAAUGUAACACCCGCGAUGAAGCGCUGUUUUGUGCCCUUUUCGCGUGGCUCGCGCCGAUGCCCUGGAUCUAGCUUGGCUCUUGCCGACCUUCAUUUUGUUCUUGCGGCCUUGUUCGGGCCAACUGGCCCCAAGUUUGAGUUGUUCGAGUCGGACAGGUCUGACGUGGAUGCUAUUCACGACUACCUGAUGCCGCUUCCUCGAUUAGACUCUAAGGGUGUUCGCGUCACCGUCAAGUAA